UGCAGCCUUUUAAGUGACGGAGGGGCUUGUAAUUUGAGGAGUAGCACAGAAGGUAUUAUUAGCCAAAAACCGGAGCGCGGCACUUGAGACAUCCAGAUGUUGCGUUUGAGGCACCGAGUGAAGUCAGGAGUACAACAGUGUGUUCAAACGCCGAAACCUCCCAAACUUUUCAUACAUUGCUUCCCGGCUCUUCUCCACCGACAGUGAUGGAAGUUGGCGGGCUCGAUUGAAGGAGGAGAAGUGAGGUUGUUAAAACUUUUUUUUUUUUUUUUUUUUUUUUCACGCCACAAAUCUGUUGUGUCUGUUUGUACAACGAGGAUAUUGAAGAGGUCGGACGUGAAAGCUUCAACUAACUGCGCAGUUUGGACGUUUAAACUUGACUGAAAUGUUUGUGUUUCUACGCCGGGCUGGAGUUAAAUAGUCCCAUCUUCAACUGAAAUAAUCUCUUAAUAUUUCCAAUUUGUGAGAGUGUUUUUUUUUUUUUUGGGGACAAGUGGGCAUCAUGGCUUUUCUUCACUUGCUCCUGUGUGCCGGGAUGUUAUCGCUGCCGAUGUGCGGAGCUUUUUUCAGCGGACCUUUACACCCGGAGAUGUCUAACGGCACUUUUCAUCACUACUUCGUGCCGGACGGAGACUACGAGGAAAACGACGACCCGGAAAAAUGCCAGAUGCUUUUUAAAAUGACCGACGAGCGAAAGUGCGGUCUCGACGAGGACCAGGACGCCGUCAUACGCGAUGACUUCACCAUCAUCAAGAGGCAGAUCGAGGACUCGGCCCGGGUGCUGGAGGGGAUCGGGAAAAGCAUCUCCUACGACCUGGACGGAGAGGACAGCUACGGGAAGUACUUGCGGAGGGAGACGGCGCAGAUCAGCGAGGCGUUUACAAACUCGGAGAAAUCGCUGCUGGAGCUGGAGGUGAAAUUCAAGCAGAGCCAGGAGAGCGAGCUGAAGGAGGAGCACCGGCUCAACGACGACUUUCUGAACAUGAUAGUGCACACCCGGGACGUCCUGAAGGAGACGUUGGACAUUUCUCUGGGACUGAAGGACAAGCACGAGCUCCUGUCUCUGAUCAUCCGCAGCCACGGCACGAGACUGAGCAGACUGAAGAACGAGUACAUGAAGUUCUGAGGGAAAAUAGUUCCUACAAGUCUCAUUACAGUACUAUUUUAGGUAACGCUUUAUUUUACUGGUCCGAAUAAUUUAUUAAACAUUUCCUAGAAAGAACCGCGUAGUUUUGUACUAAUUACAGGAAAAACUGAGAGUCAUUUUAGUUAGUUUAAUUAGUUGUGUGGAGUUUAUUAUACAGGGAAUUGCUCCAUUGAAACCCCAGUUGAUAUUUAUUACUUGUUCAUUUUAUUAUUGGAAACUUUAUUCUUCAUGUAUGGGGAAUUAUAAUUAAUUAAUUAGCACCAAAUUACAUGGUUCUUUCCAGGAAACUUCUUAGAAAGUCAUUUGGAACUAAAUUGGAAUUUACGGCCUAUAAAAUAAAUAAUUACCCUAUUUUAUUUUCUUUGUAAGUUUUAUGGUUGAGUGAGACCAUGAGGCAGAGGCAGGAGUGAAAAUUCCUAUCAGGGAUAUAAAAGCUUCAAAUGUUAAAAAAUAAAUGAAUAAUUAAAUUAAAAAAAAAGUGAAAUAAGUACAUACAACCACUGCUGCAAACAGAUGUCAAAAUUAGACUCUCUUUACAGGUUAAUGUAUUGUGUUUCAUGAAGUUUUGAGGCUUAUUUUUGUUUCCUGGUUUUGUGUUGUGUUUGCUGCAGGGGCUUUAUUUACUUCUUCUCACUUCAAAUAUUAAAAAAAAAACCACGUAUUUUGCCCAGGUUUAGUGAUAUCUGUUUUCAAAGAUGGAUUACCAACCAGGCAAAAAAGGAAACUGCCCCAACUUCCCUAGACCCCCAGGGGCACCAUAAGGUCCCACAUUUACUGUUUGAAUUGUUUUUUGGUUAUUUGCAAAUGUGCACCCCUAAAGUACAAUGACAAUUGAAGAAAGGUCCUGCAUUAUUACCUGAUAUCAUGGUCAAAAUCAUGUUUAGUUAUUUAAAUUUAGGUUGUGCUCAUGUGGGCCAUAUUCCUAAAUGAAGUUGGGUCCAGUCCAGUUUUUCCACCAUAGCAUCGCUGGUUUCUGGUCAUAUAAUGAAGCUUUUAUGUAAAGUCUUCUGUAUAGUCUGUACUUGAUUGGAACUUAGGGGCACCAUUGUAUACAUGCUGCACAGGCUGCGUGAGCUAAUUUUUGCCCUGGGCCCCUAACAGUUUCAUGUGACCGUGUCUGUGUGAAAUUUCUGGUGCCAACCAAGAGGUACAAUGAAGGUGAAAAUAAUUUUGUUUCUCAGAUUAAUCCACAGAACAUGCUGGAACCCCAAAAUAUUGAAAACAGCAUUUUGACAGAGCAGCCCCAACUCAAGGUCUACUUCCUAUUAAAGGUCCCAUAUUGUGUAAAGGUAGAUGUCCAUGUGUUGUUUGAUUAUAAAGCAGGUCUAUUAAUACUGUGAAAGUAUCAAAGCCUCAGUCCACAGAGAAAUGCACACAGCCUGUAUUCAGAAACUGAGCCUUAAAACCAGCCGUCAGGACUUCUGGAACUUUGUGAUGUCACAACGAAACACUCAACACACUCAGCCAUUCCCCAAGCCCCACCCACCUGCACCCACCAUCCAGUCUUGCAGGAUUUGGUUUCUCUGAGUGUUUUCCUGAAAUCAGCUAUAUUUUUAUUUGAUAACUCAAAAAAGAGUGAGCCAAUCAGAAGAGAGGCUCAGAGCCUCCUCUCUCUCCCCUCUGAUUGGCUCACCGACCUGUUGUUACUAGAGCUCCAGAGAGAAGCCUGAGAGAGGAGAUGGUUUUUGGUUCUUUAAACAACAAAUAUAUCUUCUGAAGAAUAUCAAAAUGUCAAAUAAAACACCAGAAAAGUGUAAAAUAUGGGACCUUUAAUUGUUGGGGACAAGGUUUGUAGAAAGUGAUGUUUGUUCUGAAUUUAUAAAAAACAGAUUUUUUUAUGUUGUGACAUUGAAAUCUCAGAAGGAUAUCUCAAAACCUGGGCAUACAAGUAAAUUCAAACUGUCUUCAUUGCUAAGAAAGUAAGUGGUAAGUCAAGUCUGAGCAGAGUGUGACACCAAAGAUCUUACUUUGCUAUUUAUAUCAUCUGACAGUGUGUACGUGAUAUUGGCCUCCACUAGACAUUAGACACACCAUAAAAACAUCCUGUAAUAGUUACAUCAGAACACUAAACACGACGUAAUGCAAAUCACAGUAAUAUUUUCCCAGUAAAUAUUAUAUAUAACAAAGAAUGCCUCUUUUAAUCAUAUAUGAUCAUUUUUGGUUUAGCGCAUUGAAUUUAUCUGUUAACAAUCACAGGAUUGUGUGUGUGUAUGUGUGUUUGAGUACGUGUGUGUGUGUGUGUGUGUGCGAGCGUGCAUGUGUGUGUGCGUAAAACAACGGCUUCAAACAGUCAGCCAAUCAAAUAAGUGAGAGUUUUCAAAACAUAAGUACUGUAGUCUCAUGUUUGACUACAGCAUGAAGGGUUUUCCAAAAACUGGUUUAGCGGCUUAGCAGCUUUUCUCGAGCUCUAAGUAAAAUUUUGGACACUUUGGACAGCUUAUGUGUCAGUGUCAAUAUUGUAUAAUGAACGCUACGUAUCUGGUUUGAUUUUGAAAGUUGAAUAAAUGAGCUUUGGAAAACUCUUCACAUGCAGCUGACAGGGUGAACCUCAUGUAGUAGCUUGGUUGAAAGCUCCUCACAUGGGCAACUGUUAUCGCUGUUUCCUCUGAGGCUCCAAAGAAUGUUUCUAAGACUAUCAAAGAAUGUUUACAUGUGGACACCUAUCUGUUGUUUUUUUUUAUUUUUAUUUUUUAUUUUACGCUUUAUAGGCUAGCAGACUUUGCACAAUUCUUUACUUUUCCGGUGCUAAAGGUUGUGACAUGGUUUAAAAUGCAAGGCCUUUACUGUGCUGCACUGCACAGACAGUAUAAUCUUGUAAAAUGUACAGUGUAUUAUUAGAAGUAAGUAAAUACUGUGAGUGCCAAUAUCUUUAUUACAGAACACCUUAAUAUGUAUUCAUUGUUUAUAUAAAGUUUUGAAAUAGAGCAGCAUAUAUCUAUUCUUGUUUACCUUUAAGAUAUAUGUGACGUAUAAGACUGCAGGCAGCACUCGUGGACUUCAAUGUUAAACACUGAUCUGUGUGACAACAUUCUUAACGGAUUGUGUUGUGUCUUCUCAAAUAAAGAGGUUGUGUUUGAA